GGCAGGGGAAGCCAGACAGAGCAGGAGGGUUCGGAGGGCAGUGGUGUUUGAGGCCUGUGGAGGCUCCUUCGCCUGACCGAGCCGCAAUGCUGCUCCUGCUGCUCCUGUUCUCCGAGGGACUUGUCCAGCGCGGGGCCAGCGCCGAGGCAUCCCAGGUCCCAGGACCCCCUCACCCAGCCGCAGAAGAGCCCCUCUCCUUCCGCGUGCUCCAGACCUCCUCCUUCGCCAACGGCAGCUGGGCGUCCUUGCACGGCUCAGGCUGGCUGGGUGAGCUGCAGACGCACGGCUGGGACAGUGUCCUGGGCACCAUCAUCUUCCUGUGGCCCUGGUCCCAGGGGAACUUCAGCACCCAGGAGUUGAAGAACCUGCAAAACCUCUUCAUGCUCUACUUCCACGGCUUCACCAUCGAGGUGCAGGCCUUUGCCCACGAGUUUCAGUUCGAAUACCCCUUCGAGCUCCAGGUGUCAGCUGGCUGUACGGAACAGGCCGGCAAGGCCUUGGGAAGCUUCUUGAAUGGGGCGUAUCAAGGCUCCGAUUUCCUGAGUUUCCAAGGAAACUCCUGGAAGCCGUCUCCAGGAGCCGGGAGUCCGGCUCAGAAGGCUUGCGAGGUGCUCAACAACUACUUAGACAUCAAGGAGAUUGUGCAGAGCCUUCUCAGGGACACCUGCCCUCGGUUCCUGGCGGGGAUCCUUAAAGCCGGGAAGUCAGAACUGGAACGACAAGUGAAGCCCGAGGCCUGGCUGUCCGCCGGCCCCCCUCCCGGUCCCGGCCGUCUGCUGCUGGUGUGUCACGUCUCCGGCUUCCACCCGAAGCCCGUGUGGGUGAUGUGGAUGCGGGGUGAGCAGGAGCAGCGGGGCACCCGGCGAGGCGACGUCCUGCCCCACGCGGACGGGACGUGGUAUCUCCGAGUGACCCUGGACGUGGCGGCCCGGGAGGCGGCCGGUCUGUCCUGCCGAGUGAGACACAGCAGUCUGGGAGGCCAGGACAUCGUCCUCCACUGGGGCGGUGGGGACUCCGCCGUGCUGACCCUGCUCUGCCUCGUGGUCACAGUCAGCCUGCUGGUGCUGCUUGUGGGGCACUUCUGCUUGAGAAAGCACAGCUCCAACCGGAAGGCCCUGGCGCCCGCUGCCCCCAGUCCUGACUCCCCCACCGGGGCCGACGGCCAGGGCCCCAGGACUCCCGGACACCAGGGCUACACGCCGCAGGAGUCGUGGAUCAAAAAUAGAUUUUUAAAGAAAUGGAAAACAAGCCUAAACCAACUCUGGGGACGUUAGUUUUACCCAGUGCAUAAUGUCCUUUUCUGCUUUUUCAAUACGGUUUGCGCCUAUGAGCAAAGCAUAAUUUUGAUGAAACGGCUUGUUGCAGCAGAAAUCUCGACCCCUUUGGGAACCUGUCUUACCGCUUCCCAUCAUCCAGCAGGAUCUCUUCUGCGUGGCCGCAUGGCCGUUGCUCUGACGCUUCAGACUCUAACUCGGGUGCUCCUUUCGCACGGAAGCGUCCCUGCCUUGCCCGACUGAGAGCACGUCUGCCCUUCCACAACGGGUGGGGUCAUACUAAACACGCUCAUUUCUUCCUACUCGGAACACUGCUUAUUUAGAUCUCAACUUUUCUGGGUUUUUUUCCGAGUUGCUUGAACGCAGGAUGUAGGCGUUUAGGAUGGCACCUGUGACCCUAACCCUGACCUGGAUUCGGGGCCAGAUUCUCGGGCAUGUCAUCUAUGCAGGGCUUGCUGUCUUGAAAGGUUUCAUAACACUUGGAGGUACUGCAUUCUCACUCUGGACUCGCCCCACAAAUAGCUGGUUCAGAGUAAAACAUUUCUCAGUAAAUGCUGCCUGAAAUAAAUUUGUGUCAAAUCCAGUGAUGUUUUCUCAAUCCAUGCCCCUUUGACCUCACGGCACCA